AUGGCUUUAGUAUCUGGAAGAAGAUCAACACUUAAUCCCAACGCGCCUCUUUUCAUCCCGGCAUCAGUACGCCAAGUAGAGGACUUCUCGCCUGAAUGGUGGAAUCUAGUGACGACCUCGACUUGGUUUCGCGAUUAUUGGCUCAGCGAGCACGGGGAAGAGGAUAUACUUGGCGUGAAGUAUGAUGGUUUUGAUGACAAUGAUGUAGCUAAAUUGCUGCCUGAUAAUAUUGACCUUGUGGUGGAUGAUGAUACCUUGAAUAUGGAAGCCCAAUUCGAGGAAUUUCUUCAAUCAUCUGAGCCCGAAUAUGGAAGCAAGGCUAUCAAGGGAAUAUCUGAGAAUGGCUUGAAUAGGAAUACUGAGGCGCUGAUCAAGAAUCUGGGUGUGUCAGAAUGGAGAAGUUCCGAGUUCUUGGGGGAGCCGGCCAAGCAUGUUAGCCCAAAAUCUGUUCCCGGCUUCAUCCAGCAGCCUCGCUGA